AUGUAUCUAGGUGAGGUUGGCUCUUUUCUGAAGCAUGCGCCAUGGAAACACACCGAUAUGUCCGCUUCUAUCAGCGGUCCCAUGAUUUUGACUCUACAGUCCAAGUAUAAGUUAGGCGGUGGUCUCGUUUUCAGAAAGAAAUUUCCCGAAAAGUACAAAGACUGCUCAGAAAUUUUGAAAAUGAAGCCACACAGGAAAAACAGAGACGGUGUAUAUACCAUUUAUCCCACUGGAGGAAUGAAGAAAAAAGCCUUUUGUGACAUGACAACAGAAGGAGGGGGAUGGACGGUUAUACAAAAAAGAAUGGAUGGAACCACCAACUUUCAAAACAAAAAAUGGAAAGAUUUUGCUGAAGGAUUUGGUCGUCCGGAUCACGAAUACUGGCUUGGUAACAAUGUCAUACAUGAUUUAACAAAAAGCGGGAAAAUGAAACUAAGAAUAGAUAUGAAAAAGUUUAACGGGGAACAAGGAUUUGUACAAUACUCAACGUUUGGUGUCGGAAGUAGUUCACAUAAGUACAAGCUGAAAGUAUCGGGAUUCCGGGGAUCAUUCGGAAUGAGAGAUUCCUUUUCCGCUCAUAAUGGGAUGAAAUUCACCACAAUAGAUAGCGAUAACGACCGGUGGAGUGGUAACUGUGCCAAAAGUCAUGGGAGUGGAUGGUGGUACAACGUCUGUCUUCUUAGUAAUCUUAAUGGUGUAUACUAUAAAAAAGCAACUGUCAGUGAUAAUGGAAUGACCUGGCAUUACUGGGGAAGCAAAGGCACCUGGGAUUCUUUGAAAUAUUCAAAGAUGAUGAUCAAAUCAAAGACCUAACUGCAAUUGGAUUUGUUCCAUGCUGACCAAUAAAUUCUUAGAAAUUCAA